UUUGUGUAAAAAUGGCUGCCAUAACAAGUUCUUCAAGUUGGAGGUUUUGCGGACAUUUUAAGAGAUGUAGAAGUUUGUUUUGUAAAAUCGUUCAAUGUAGAAUAGAACGGUCAGUUACUAGUUCGGCGACGAUAAGAAAUUCUUCCACAAACGAAAACAAUGAGAACAAUAAACGAACGCGAGUUUUACGAGUGGCAAUCAUUGGAGAACCUAACUGCGGCAAAUCAACUUUAGUAAAUGGUCUUGUUGGUAAUCAGGUUUCUAUAGUAACAUCAGUACCACAUACAACAAGACAACGUACUCUUGGAGUUUGUACAGAAGGUGAAAGUCAAUUGGUAUUACUGGAUACACCUGGAGUUGUUACAGCUGAAGAUGGUAAACGUUUAAAAAUGACAAAAGAACAUUUACGCACUCCAGCUAGUUGUCUUGAAGAGGUUGAUUUGGCUGCCGUACUCACUGACUCAUCAAAUAAAUAUCAACGUAUAAGAAUCCAUCAUGAAAUAUUGAAUUUACUGGAAACCAAACCUGAACUGCAGACAAUUUUGAUUUUAAAUAAGAUUGAUUUGAUCAGACACAAAGUGAAACUUCUUCAUUAUUCUGCCGUUCUCACCAAAGAUCGAGAAAAGGAUAAAUGGGGAUAUCUACCACAAGGAGGGAUGAAUAGGUUUGAUCAGGUAUUCAUGGUAUCUGCGCUAUCUGGUGAUGGUAUUCAACAACUAAAUGACUACUUGAUUGCCAAAGCAAAACCAGAUGAUUGGCCGUAUUCACCUGGUGUCACAACCGAUCUCAAUAUUCAAGAACAAAUAGCAGAAGUAUUUCGAGGGAAAUUAUUAAGUCUAUACAAACAUGAAAUACCUUGGCAAACCAAACAGGUAAAUGUAUUUUGUGAAGAAAAUGAAGAUGGCAGCUUGAAGGUUCAUCAGAAGUUGUUUUGCCGUGAAAGUCAACGGCGAUGUAUUUUAGAAAAGUUUGGUGAACUUGAAAGAAGUGUGAAAUAUGAAAUUGAAAAUAUGCUUGGUUGCAAUGUUCAAUUGACAAUUGAAGUUGGAGUUUCUAAAGCGAUGGUUAACAAUCUUUUGCCGAUGAUUUAACAAUUGUUUAUGAUUGUCAUUCACAUGUUAAAUAAAUAUUCAUAUUCUUGUGCAGUAAAUCAGAAAAUAUACUAUAAAUCUAUGUCUUGUGAAGAAAA